AAUUGAUAUGCUUCAAGCGAAUUGAACUUGAAUACAUUCGUUUUUAAUCUCCGUGAAAGUGAAUUGAAACAGGUCCGGAUUUACUUCCUUUUGAUAUUGUUGUAAUAAACUCAUUGGAUCUGAUAUCGAUAAAUGGAGCCGUCACUGGAAGCCAUUGAACAAUAUAUGUUCGUUAAUCAGCACUUGCUAAUAGCAGACUUUUUACAGAACAUCGAGAUAAUGUGCGUUGUACUCAAGCCAAUUAUGUACAAUUUUAAAAUGUGGGUUUUCUUGAUUGUUUUGCGUUAGUAUCAGCUGAUUCUGUGAAGAGUUGGUUCGCUUGUUAGCAGAAUUUGCUUUGUAUAAUUUAUAGUGUAAAUUUCCAUUGUGAUUACAUUCUCACUCACAUUUUCAGAUACUUUGCAGCACUCAGUAAGUAUCGAGGAAUAAGUAGGUACACUUAGAGGUCCUUAUCCUGCUGCUUCAAAUACAGUUAAUUCGUAUCAAAGCACAAUGGACGACUACAAAGCAAAUAAGACAAAAAGAAAGAAGAACCCUCUAGAUAACAGUAAUAUUUUUUCUUCAGUACUAUUUUGCUGGUUGUUACCUUUAUUCGUGAAAGGUUUUAGAAAAAAUUUAACGGAAAACGAUCUCUACGAGCAUCGACGCUCCCACGAUUCCAAUGUACUAGGCGAUAAAUUGGAACAACAAUGGAUAAAACAGACGAAAAAAUCCAAAAAUCCUUCCUUAAUAAAAGCGAUAGUGAACGUAUUUUUUACAGAAGUUGUGUUAAUCAAUAUUGUGGUAAUAAUGGCGGAAGUUAUAAGGAUUUCGCAGCCCUUCCUUAUCACCAGCCUGAUAAAAGUUUACGAAGCCAAUCGAGCCAAUGAAGACAAAAACGAAGUUUACUUUUACGCAGCUUUAAUCAUUCUAACAUCAUUCAUCGCUUGCAAUUUAGGCCACAAUUUCAGUUUAAUGCUCUUACAACUAGGUAUGAAAUUGAGAUUGUCCUGCAGCUCAUUAGUAUACCGAAAAUCUCUAAGGCUCAGCAAAUCAGCUUUGGUGGAAACGACCAUCGGACAGAUGGUGAAUUUAUUAUCAAACGACGUGGGCAGGUUCGACAUCGGUAUAUUAUUUUUCCACAACAUUUACAUAGCUCCAACGGAAACUCUUGUUGUUAUGUACUUGCUCUAUAGAAACGUCGGUUGGACGGCAUUAUCCGGAGCUAUACUACUGCUUUUAUUCAUCCCCUUCCAAUCUUGGCUAGGGAAGAAGACCUCCCAGUACAGGUUAGGAACAGCUAUAAGAACUGACGAAAGAGUAAGACUCAUGAACGAAAUCAUAGCUGGAAUACAAGUAAUCAAGAUGUAUACCUGGGAAUACCCUUUCGCUAAAUUAGUGGAGUUUGUUAGAAUGAAAGAAAUGAAAUAUAUUCGAUACACCUCAGUAAUACGAGCUAUAUUAAUGUCCUGCAUCCUGAUGUUGAAUCGUUGCGCCAUAGCAGCUAGCAUUUUGGUGUACGUUCUAACCGGCAAUUCGCUAACUGCUACCUACGCUUAUACGGUAACAUCCUACUACAGGUUGCUCUACACCAUCACCAAUUUCUUCCCUACCGCUAUAUCCCAAGCAGCGGAAAUGUACAUAUCGACGAAGCGAUUAAAAACUUUCCUGAUGUACGAUGAAGUGCAUUACGAAAACACCCGAAAAAAAUCCACCGAAAACGGGAAAUCGCCUUACAUAGAAAUGACAAACACCGGCAAUCAUUCGGGCGUUUUCAUCAAAAACGCUUCGGCGAAAUGGUUGAAAACUUCGCAAGAAAACAGCCUGCAAGAUAUAACCAUGGAGGUAACAUCGGGAAAACUCGCGGCUGUGGUAGGAGCAGUGGGUAGCGGGAAAACCACCCUUCUGCAUAUCAUAAUGAACGAACUGGAGCUGGUGUCCGGUUCGGUUAGAGUCGAGGGGAUAGUCUCGUACGCCUCGCAGGAGGCUUGGUUGUUCGGCGGAACGGUCAGACAGAACAUUCUCUUCGGCCAGAAAUUCAAUCAAAAGAAAUACGACGAGGUGAUUAGGGUGUGCGCCCUUCGGAGGGACCUCGCGCUGCUGCCCUACGGAGACAGGACGCUGGUAGGGGAGCGAGGCGUCGCUUUGAGCGGCGGCCAGAAAGCUAGAGUGAAUCUAGCCAGAGCUGUAUACAAAGAAGCCGAUAUUUACCUGCUGGACGAUCCCUUAUCGGCGGUCGAUACUCACGUAGGCAAGCAGUUAUUCGAAGACUGCAUUUGCGGGUAUCUCAACAAAAAAUGCGUUAUACUGAUAACGCACCAGUUGCAGUAUUUGAAGAAUAUAAAAAAUAUUUAUCUGCUCAAAGACGGUAAAGUGGAGGUGUCCGGUUCUUACGCGAAUUUGAAAAAUUCUAACAGUGAUUAUAGUAAGAUUGUGGCGGAUAUAGAAGAGGAAGAGGAGGCGACUAAGAGGAAAUCGGUCAAGCUCGCCAGUCAGGAAAAACUCGACGAGAAUUACGAGGCGCAGGAAUUGCACGAGGAAGAAAAAGGAGUUGGUAAAAUAGCCGGUAGGGUGUAUUUGAAUUACGCGAAAGCCGGCGGUAACAAAAUCACAGGAAUUGUCAUAGCAAGUGCCUUUAUAAUUUGCCAAGUAUUGGACAGUUUGUCUGAGUAUUUCGUAACGUUCUGGGUAAAUAUCCAACAAACAAACAACCAAAACAAUUACUCUAAUAACACUGAAGAAUCUAACGCAACGUCACAAACGGAAAAUCCAUUUGAAGAUUGGUUGUUCACUCCGAUUUUCAUCGGCGAUUUAACAGCUCUGUAUUACGCGCUUUUAAUCGUGAUUUUAGUAAUUCUGAUACUGUCCAGAUCGCUGGCGUUCUACAAAUGGUGCUUGGACGCUUCGACAAAGCUUCAUAACCAAAUGUUCGUUAAUAUCGUCAACAGCCCGAUGAGAUUUUUCAAUACAAACCCAUCAGGAAGAAUUCUGAACCGAUUUUCCAAGGAUAUCGGAGCCUUGGACGAAACUUUACCGAUGUGCAUGUUGGACACUAUUCAAAUUGGUUUGUACGUUGCAUCUAUAAGCGUGGUAAUCGGUAGUUUGACUGUUUGGAUUAUGAUUCCCACUUUGGUAAUAGCAGUUUUGUUUUAUUUAAUGAAAGUAGUCUUCGUGCACACCACACGAGACAUAAAGAGGAUCGAAUCUGUUACGAGAAGUCCGAUUUUCACUCAUCUAUCGGCAUCCCUGCAAGGCCUCACCACCGUCAGAGCUUUCAAAGCCCAAAGCAUACUGAAGAGCGAGUUUGAUAAUUACCAAAACCUGAACAGCGCCGCGUAUUUUCUCUAUGUCGGAGCCAACAGGACGUUCGGAUUCUGGUUGGAUUUUUUGUGCGUAGUUUACGUUGCUAUGGUCAUUUUAGCUCUGUUGUUUGUCAAAAGCGAAACUUACGGUGGAAACAUGGGACUGGCUCUGACCCAAGCGAUGGCCCUGACAGGCAUGUUCCAGUGGGGCAUGCGCCAAUGGAGCGAGUUCGAGAACCAAAUGACGUCGGUGGAACGAGUCCAGGAAUACGCCGAUUUGAAGCCGGAAACGGACGAGAAGACCUUCGAACCUGCGGAGGCCUGGCCGGAGAGAGGCCAAAUUGAAUUCCGCGAUACGAGCUUAAGGUACUCCCCGAACGAUCCGUACGUACUGAAAAAUUUGGACGUCAUCAUAAGACCAAUGGAGAAGAUCGGAAUAGUUGGUAGAACGGGCGCUGGAAAGUCGUCCUUGAUUCAAGCUCUGUUUAGACUAGCGCCUAUAGACGGUGAAAUUCUCAUAGACGAUGUCGAUACGAAAACUAUAGCUUUAAAUAAACUCAGAUCGUCGAUUUCGAUCAUCCCUCAAGAACCAGUAUUAUUCUCGGGAACGCUCAGGAAGAACCUGGAUCCCUUCGACGAGUACCAAGACGAUAGUCUAUGGAACGCCUUAAAGGAAGUAGAACUCAAACACGCCGUGAAGGAGUUACCGUCCGGGCUGGACAGCAAAAUGGCCGAAGGCGGAUCGAACUUCAGCGUCGGUCAAAGGCAGCUGCUCUGCCUAGCCCGAGCCAUAGUAAGAAACAACAAAAUUCUAGUAUUAGACGAGGCCACGGCCAACGUCGAUCCGCACACCGACGAUUUGAUACAGAAAACCAUCAGGAGAAAGUUCCACAAUUGCACCGUACUCACCAUAGCCCACAGGCUGCACACCAUUAUGGAUUCGGAUAAAGUCAUCGUGAUGGACGCCGGCGAAAUCGUCGAAUUCGACCAGCCUUACUCGCUAUUGCAAAACCACGAUGGCGUAUUUUAUUCCUUAGUAAAGCAAACGGGUAAAGCUACAGCGAAGCACUUAAUCAGUAUUGCCGAAAAAAGCAAAAAAUGUUCAUAGUAAAUACUUAGACAAAUUAUUAUUUCUUAUACUACCAAUAUUGAUUAAAUACAAUAAUCAAAACGUAGUGUAAAUCAUUUCUCACGAGUCGUGCUGGGGGAUAUUAAUGAACAUUUGGGCGUACAUAUGCCCGAGCAUCUUGACGUUCCUCUGCAUUAUUAUCCUUAAUGUAUUGGUGUAUAUUUCGGACGGUCGGGCGUUGAUAGGAUCCCUCCAAUGCACACCGUUUGUAUCGCAUCCAAAUAAAGCCGGAGAUGGAAUGUGGUCUCUCAUGUAGCACCAAAUGCAUUCUUUCAAAAUCGCCACGAUCUAAAAUUGUGCA